ACCCAGAUGCAGAAAAGCCAUCUCCCCCCGAUACAAGUGUCUCUCCGUCUCUCUCGCUCUCUCUCCGCUCUUAUCAAUGGAGAUUUUAUCUUCUCCCUUUACAAGCCACGCUUCUACAUUGCGUUCUCCUUUCCCAGUCAACUUUUUCCGAACCGGGUUUGUGUUUUCUCUUCCGCGCUUAAAGACCCAAGCUUCUCCCAGCAGGAAACGGGGGUUAGCUUUCACAAAGGCCUCUGUAGCUGUCGAACAGCAGACCAUGAAAUCCAAAGUUGCUAUCAUCAGAAUUGGCACUCGAGGAAGCCCACUAGCGCUAGCUCAGGCUUAUGAGACGCGGGAUAAGCUCAUUGCUACACAUUCAGAGUUAGCCGAAGAGGGGGCAAUUCAAAUUGUGGUAAUAAAGACUACAGGAGAUAAGAUCUUGUCUCAACCUCUGGCAGAUAUUGGUGGGAAGGGCCUAUUCACUAAAGAAAUUGAUGAGGCACUGAUCAAUGGCGAUAUUGACAUUGCAGUCCAUUCUAUGAAAGAUGUUCCUACUUAUUUACCUGAAAAAACAAUUUUACCUUGCAAUCUUGAGCGCGAGGACGUCCGUGAUGCCUUUAUUUCCUUGAGUGCCGUUUCUCUUGCUGAGCUUCCUGCUGGCAGCAUUGUUGGGACAGCUUCACUCAGGAGAAAGUCACAAAUACUUCAUAGAUUUCCAUCACUUAGUGUGGUGGAGAACUUUCGGGGCAAUGUCCAGACACGGUUGAGAAAACUCAAUGAAGGUGUUGUCCAAGCGACGUUGUUGGCAUUAGCUGGACUAAAGCGCCUAAACAUGACGAAGAAUGUGACGUCCAUUCUAUCGAUUGAUGAGAUGCUUCCAGCUGUUGCCCAAGGGGCAAUUGGAAUUGCCUGUAGAACCAAUGACAGUAAAAUGGCUGAUUGCAUAGCUUCAUUGAAUCAUAAUGACACAAGAUUAGCGGUUGCCUGCGAGAGGGCUUUCCUUGAGACCUUGGAUGGGUCUUGUCGCACUCCUAUUGCUGGAUAUGCUUGCAAACAUGAGGGUGGGACUUGUAUAUUCAGAGGGUUGGUCGCGUCCCCUGAUGGGACCAGCGUCCUUGAAACUUCUAGAGAAGGCCCUUAUGCUCUUGAAGACAUGAUUUUGAUGGGAAAGGAUGCUGGAAAGGAACUUCUUUCAAGGGCAGGUCCUGGUUUCUUUGGUUGUUAGAUAGCUUAACAGAGGUUGUUUUACCUAUGAGUUCAUUAGUCUUUAUCUGAGAAAGUGAUUUUUAAUGUCCUGAUUUGUUGUAAAGUAGAAGACUAAGUUCCAUGGCUGACCUGAAGAAGGUUAGGCCCUUGCAUGAGUUGUAUUCACUAUGUUAAGAAUCCAAUUUUUCCUCUCUCACUCUCAGUGAGAGAGUUUCCUUUUU